GUCCCGCCCCUUCCGUUCCCACACACGGACCAACCAGCGGCGCCGCUUCCUCUAGGUGGGACGUAACGUCAACUGGCGUCGUGUCGGGAUUGGAAUGUUAGCGAGCAACAAUCGGAACAACUGAGCACUCGGUAAUUGGACACUCGGUCUGAGGAAUCCUGCCGUUUUUUCCCAACGUUUUCCCAGCGUAUCCCUCCAGUUUGAGGCUGCCGCUCGCUUCCCUCUGCUCGGCCGGACAACUUCGCCCGCUCCGCCGCUCUCUUCCGAAUAUGUUCUUUUGAUAUUUGUGAGGGAAUGAGCGGAGGUGAUAAAUAAGCAGAGAAAUGCAGGGAUUCGUCAGGUUACAGUUGGACCGCUGAAGCGUCUCCCGGUGUUUUUGAUUCUUCCAAACCGGGCACCAUGGAGCGAUAAAAGGACAACAUCCAGCCGAAGAGGCGUUCACACCGCCGGAGAUUCUUUCUUUCUUUCUUCUUCUUUUGCUUUUCUUUUUUCUUUUUUAAUUCUACCCGGUGUUCAACAUCCAACCUUCACGUCUGGGAGAGCCUCGGGGACCCCGGCCGCUGGCGCUCCAGCCUGGAUGAGGGGAAGCGGCCGCAGCGCAGAGGCUCCGGACAGGUCUUUGUCGGUGCGUCGCUGGAUGUGGUGAAACUCCACAAGCGGCGUACAAAUCGCCCACAUGCGCUGGAUCAAUCGCCGGAUCUCGGAGCACAACACGAAGAAGGGCGGUUGGGGAUGGAGCGAUGCAGCCGGGGCUGGUGAGAGCCUAACUUGGGGCCACUUUAGCUUUGUUAUUCCUGAGCAAGUCGCCUCUGUUCCCGGGACACAUGCAGGCCAAAAAACGCUACCUGAUCCUGCUGUCCGCCGGAGCGUGCCUGGCGCUGCUCUUCUACCUCGGAGGGGUUGAGCUUCCAGCGGCCAGGAGGAGCCGGCAGGACCGCAGCAGGAACGGGUACCGACCCGAGCAGCCAUGGCCCCACUACUCGGACCCUUUAUACGCCUUCCUGCCCUGGGAUCAGACGGACACCGAGGAUUACAACCUGCACAUAUCUCCGACGCAGAAGCGGGACGUGAACAGGAGCGUUUACAGGGGCAAGCGGUGCCGCAUGGAUUCCUGUUUCGACUUCUCUCUGUGUCAGAAGAACGGCUUCAAAGUUUAUGUUUACCCCCAGCAGAAGGGGGAGAAGAUCUCGGAGAGCUACCAGAACAUCCUAUCCACCAUCGAGGGCUCCAGGUUCUACACCUCCGACCCGGGACAGGCAUGUCUGUUCGUCCUGAGUCUGGACACUCUGGAUCGGGACCAGCUGUCCCCUCAGUACGUCCACAACCUGAAGACGAAGGUCCAGAGCCUGCCUUUGUGGAACGACGGCAGGAACCACCUCAUCUUCAACCUGUACUCCGGAACCUGGCCGGACUACACGGAGGAUCUGGGCUUUGACAUCGGCCAGGCCAUGCUGGCCAAGGCGAGCAUCGGCUCUGAGAACUUCAGGCCCAACUUCGACGUUUCCAUCCCGCUCUUCUCCAAGGAGCACCCUCGAACCGGAGGGGAGAGGGGUUUCCUGAAGUACAACUCCAUCCCGCCUUUUAGAAAGUACAUGCUGGUGUUCAAGGGGAAGCGCUACCUGACCGGGAUUGGCUCGGACACGCGGAAUGCCUUAUACCACGUCCACAACGGGGAGGACGUGGUGCUGCUCACCACCUGCAAGCAUGGGAAGGACUGGCAGAAACACAAGGACGCACGGUGCGACAAGGACAACGCGGAAUAUGACAAAUAUGACUACAAGGAGAUGCUCCACAACUCCACCUUCUGCUUGGUGCCCCGCGGCAGACGUCUGGGCUCCUUUCGGUUCCUCGAGGCACUGCAGGCUGCGUGUGUGCCGGUGAUGCUGAGUAACGGAUGGGAGCUUCCUUUUUCUGAAAUCAUCGACUGGAACACCGCCGCAGUCAUCGGCGACGAGAGACUCCUCCUGCAGAUCCCGACCACGGUGCGCUCCAUCCACCAGGACAAGAUCCUGUCGCUCAGACAGCAGACUCAGUUCCUCUGGGAGGCGUACUUCUCCUCUGUGGAGAAGAUAGUGCUGACCACGCUGGAGAUAAUCCAGGACCGAGUGCUGGAGCACGGCUCCAGGAGCAGCCUGAUGUGGAACAGCCACCCUGGAGGCCUGUUUACCUUGCCGCAGUACUCCGGAUACCUGGGAGACUUCCCCUUUUACUACGCCACACUGGGUAUUAAACCGUACCCCAAGUUCACUGCAGUCAUCCACACCGUCUCCCCUCUGGUGUCCCAGUCCCAACCCAUUCUCAAGCUACUGGUAGCUGUGGCCAAGUCCCAGUACUGUGCUCAGAUCAUCGUUCUGUGGAACUGCGACAAGCCGCUCCCAGCCAAACACCGCUGGCCCGCCACCUCGGUGCCCGUCAUCGUGAUCGAGGGAGAGAACAAGGUCAUGAGCAGCCGCUUCCUGCCGUACGAGUCCAUCGUGACCGACGCUGUCCUCAGCCUGGACGAAGACACCGUGUUGUCCACCACAGAGGUGGACUUUGCUUUCACAGUCUGGCAGAGUUUUCCGGAGCGGAUCGUGGGUUAUCCGGCCCGCAGCCACUUCUGGGACAGUAACAAGGAGCGCUGGGGCUACACCUCCAAAUGGACCAACGACUACUCUAUGGUUCUGACCGGCGCCGCCAUGUUCCACAGGUAUUACCACUUCCUGUACACCCACUACCUGCCCAGCAGCAUGAAGAACAUGGUGGACCAGCUGGCCAACUGCGAGGACAUCCUGAUGAACUUCCUGGUGUCGGCCGUCACCAAGCUGCCGCCCAUUAAGAUCACACAGAAGAAGCAGUACAAGGAGACCAUGAUGGGGCAGUCUUCACGGGCGUCUCGCUGGGCCGACCCGGACCACUUCGCCCAGCGGCAGACCUGCAUGAACAAGUUCGCCAGCUGGUUUGGCGCCAUGCCGCUCGUCCACUCCCAGAUGAGGCUGGACCCCGUGCUCUUCAAGGACCAGGUCUCCAUCCUCCGCAAAAAAUACAGGGACAUCGAGAGGCUCUGACAGGACCGCCGCCCCCUCGGGGGAGACUCCACGCAGGGGGAGGCGCGCGACAGAGACUCCGUGGAGAGCCGGAGGAGCAGCCGGACCACGGCCGGAUGGACGGGGAGAGACGGCGCUCUGUCUUCCACUCAGCACAUCGCCAAUGACCACAGCGCCGCCGCCGCCGCUGCUCCCCGGACCUGAUCCGGACGAAACUGAAACAAUGCAAACAGAGACACAAACAGAACUGGAUGUUUCACACGGCGCGCACUACUGACGACAAAACACAAAAAGAAACUGUGGGUUAGAAUAUUUUUUUUGUACGAGGAAAAACCCUGGAGGACGUCGACUUUCCUGCUUUCUCCGCACAUGUGCAGGAUGGUAGAGAGGGGAGGGGCGUUUGAGUUCCUCAUCCGCAUCAGGACAUGAAACCGGACCCGACAGAGAGAUCCGACUCCUGUAGGUUGAAGCUGUUCGCACACAGAGCUUUGGUUUAGUUUGCUGGUGUUCUCCCGACACCGGAGAGACGGUUCCCAUCACCGGUUCUUCAAAUUAAAUUAAACUGAUUUCAAAGAUAUUAAUAAGUGGAUCCAGAGGUCAUCAAAGGUCAACAAACCUGGAAACUGAAGGUCAAUAACAAAGCAUGUUUUUUUUCUUAUUUUUCCAUACAGUGGUUAGACCAGCUGAACAAAUGUGCUGGAGUUCCAUUUUGGUUGCUAGGUGACGGGGCAGCGUCUGCAUUCCGUAGGGUUUAAAAACUGUUCAAUUUGAUUUUUUAAAGUGCUUUGGCUGAUAUUAGAAGCAGUAAAAAUUCUGAUGGAAGUAGAAAAAGUGAAUUUUGCAUAAUUAUCAACAAAACUGCUAAAAGUUGCACCAUGUUUGUGCAGCUAAAGAUGGCCGCACAUUUGAUUGAUACCAAAUUAGCUUUUGUUUUUUUUUAAAUACCUUGAAUGACCUCUGGAAAUAUUAAUCUCUUUAAAAUGAUAGCGGCUCAAAUGUUUUACACCAAUUUAUUUUGAUUUGACGGUGAGGAAUCGGGCCCGGCUCGGUUCCAUCCGGCCCUCCGGUUCCUCCAUGUUGUCUCCCAACAGCAGGCUGGGACGUCGUCUCAUUUCAUGACCCAUUUUCCUCUCUUCUCCGUCUCUCCGAUCGCCGGCUGCUCACAGCGGAGAACAAACCCAAACCUUUUCUUGCAUGAACACGAUCCUAAUGGAGUAAAGAUGAAUUUUUCAUUCGACCGCCAUCUUUUCUGUUUUUAAUCAGCGCCAUUCUGACCUCGCCGUCUGCCUUCGUUGUUUACUGCACAUCACGCUGCCUAAACGCUCGUUUUCACGCAUCGCUGCCAUUUUUCUUUUUGUUUCCCCUCCACAUAUCAGACGACGUCGGUAGUUUAAUUGAUUAAAACGUUUUCUCCUCAUUCGUCAGGCCUCAGUUAGGAGAGAAGAGCUGGUGAUGAAGCAUCAUGUGUGACCCGCAAACCUUCACCUGAAGACUCGGUUCUGUUGGGUUCGAUGAACAAUAGUCACAUUUUAUCCGAUUCUUUUUUAUUUCAUCGAUGCAACAGCCUUUUUUUUUUUUUUUCUUUUUUUUUUACAACUUUCAGCAUAUCAUUUCAUUGUUUUAUACCGUUGUUUUUACUUGUUUUAUCUGUUUAAUCCGGAGUGUUGGGCCGUUAAGCAGAAUCUGGGUUCAACGUACAUCUGGUUCUGGUUUCAUCUGAUACGUCUGGAUCCGGAUCAAGUCUUAAAUGUCUCAAGAGAAUUGCAACCAGAACAAACAGUGCCUUGUGAAAGUAUCAGCCGGCUUUCAUGUGUUUUAUAUGACCAAACACAAAGUAGUACAUAAUUUUAAAGUUUAAAACAGAUGCCUGAACAGUUGAGUAAUCUGAAAAGUGUGGCAUGUUUUUUUAUUUAUUUAUUUUUUAAAGUUUAAUCAGACACACUGAAUCACCUCUGACUGUAAGCCUGUUGGGCUUUAAUUUCUACCAACCUUGCACAUCUAGAGCUUCCCUCUCAAUGCUGAACAGAAGUAACCCCACAGCAUGAUACUGCCGUCGCCAUGUUUUACAAUUGUAGCUGAAAACGUUGAAUUAUGGCCUCAUAUGAGCAGAAGACAUUCUUCCUGUCGCAUUCGGCAGAUUUUUUGUGGCUUGCAAACAGAUUCUUCGUCACCAUAAUGAGCCUCAAAUUUAAACUUUAAAGCAGGAAGUAGAACAUAAGCCACACCCACUUUAUAUUUCUGACCAAUCACACCAUAUUUAUUGAAAACUAUGUAAGGCUCUCCACAUCUUCACUCCCUACCCACAUUUACGUUUAAAUUAAAUCAAAAUACAGGCGGACUAGUUACUAAUUAUCUGACGUCUGAAGGAAACUUUAUUCAGGCAUGCGCACUUAUGCCGCACUUAUAAGAUUUUCUAUUUAAUAAAUAAUUUAGAAACACGAAUAAUUGUUUGAAUGUGUAGUAGCUAUUUGAACUUCUACAAGACAUUACAGCUACAACUAUUGGCAUUAAUAUCUUAAUUUAUUGAAUUGUAAGUUUUUAUGCAUAUUUUGACUCAAUUGUAAUGAAUGAAAAACCUCAUUCUGCAAAAAAAGCCUUUGUCACAGCUAACCAUUUCCACAUACUGUCAGAGUUUAACAUGUUGACAUACACUUUGGCUGCUAGCUAGUGUUAGCCACUGUUCUAAAAUUAGCAUUUUAGCUCAUUUUAGCUUUUAUACGAGCUAAUGUGAAUAUGUUACUUUAGGUCAACACGCUACUGUUAGCCUACAUGCUAUCAUUGUAGCUCUUUCACACUAGAUAAAUUACUCUGAAAUACAAUAGUUAGCAACUCAACUGUUAGCAUAUUAGCUAAAAACACUUGCACAUAAUGCACUGCUCUGACUUCACUAUUAACUUUAGCUCAACGGUAGCACCACAAUAGUUGGUGGUACCAUUAUAAGUACUACUUAUUGCUACUUUGUAGCUGUUUAACAGCAAUCACAAUACCACAAAUACAUAUUUUUAAAAAUAUACUAAACAUUUAUAUACGCUGUUCAGGACAGCAGUCCAGGGUUUCCCCAGAAAAGCUCUGAGUUCUGGGUUCCAGCAGCCCGUCGUGUUUUUGAGUUGAAAUUCGAAAAUAUCACUUGGUAAUUAUGUUAUUGGAAGAUUGAAGAUUAACUCCAACUAUAAAGUUUUUUAAAAACGGCAGUCAUUAAAAAAAACUGUAAUAAAUAAUGCUUAGCCUGGUGACCCGCCAGGCUUAAAAUACACUGAGGGAAACCCUGCAGUCGCAUAAAGAAGUGUUUUAUAUCACUGAACUGAUCACACUAACUGCACUUAAUCAUGUUUUCAAAUGUAUCGAUACUCCCAUUGAGCAGACAGUGGAGGAAAUUGUAAACCUAAAUUCAGUUUUAAGGGUUUUAAACUUCAGUAAUUGGAAUUUAUUGUGAGAAUAAAUCAAAUUUCUUAACACAAUAAAUGAGCAACGUUCUGCACCGAUUUCUAAACGUUGUCUUAAAGUUUUCCUCAUGAUUUUUUGUAUAAUUAGCUUUUAGCAGGACAUUUCACAGUCAUGAGCUACUUUGUGUUGGUUUAUCAUCCGAUCCCAUUGAACGAUGACGGGAUACUUUUCCAAAGCACUGUGUUGGACCUGAGCACAUCAACCCUGAGCCUCUGAGGGCAGCAGCUGAUGUUUGUUCGGUUUGUUUCCUCCUCGCUGAGCACGUCGGUCCGUUUCAUCCGUCACACACAAACGGGAAACUUUCAGACUCUAAUCUCACAAAAGCAUCUCCGCUACUCUAGAUUUGGGCCGUCUCGGCUCUCCGCGGGAGUCGAAUCACGAAGUCCCGGCACGGAUUCGGAGGCAGCUGGGUUGCUCCAGAUGGUUCAUUACGGUAAUGGUUCUGAUCCGAGUGUGACGAAGCAAAGUGAGGGGAAAACUCCUCAUCGUUUCAGAGAGUUCUGCUGCAGCGUCUGGGUUUUAUUUUUAUCUUUCUGUUCAGAACCGGACUGUUCCUGAUUUGUGCCUUUUAUCAACGGGAUCCCAAACUUUUACACAACGGAGUCGCAGCUUUACUCACAAACACACACAGCCGUAUUGUUUUCCUGUUGGGCACCGUUACCGUGGUGACGGUGUGCGGCAGCUUCCUGUUGAUGCGUGAGGGAAUCGGUGAAGCCUGGCUGUCCUGAUGCCUUUCCUCCCUGUAACUAAGAGAAGACUUUUAUAGAGGCUGCAAAUUAAAUAGAUAAAUGACCAUUUUGUAAGAAUGAUUUAUAAUAAAAAAUAAACUCAUAUUUGAUUAUA